GAAAAAGUUCGAUUCUGAAACGGAACAGUUUACUGAUGCUCAUCAACCAUUAAAGAAGUGCCAGUGCACAUCUUAGUGUCGCAGUGUGUUGAACGCCUUUUGAGAAAGGACGAUAAAUCAAUGCAACAAGUAGUCAACUAAUCUGGCGAAAGAAGCAGCCAGUGACAGCAUUGGCACCGUUGCGUUUGCCAUUUCUGAGGGCACUACACCAGUGCGACAUUACCUGCAGUGUCGCGGCUCUUUAAAUUUGAGGCUCAUUGCGGGACAGUAAAGAUGAGUAUGGAGACAAAUGAACUACAAGAAGACACAUAUAAUGCAACAGAACUAAAGAGCAUGCCACAUGACAAAAAUGUUAAUCAAGGAGUUAAACUUACAGACAGUCAUGGGGUAAAUCAUAUUGUCCAACUACACUCUGACGAGGAACAAUCAAAUGUAGAUGAGGGGACCAGCAGAAAUAUGCCCAAUAAAAAUAUUGAGGAAACAGUUCAGGUCAGUGCCUUUGCAGGAUUAUUAAUACUGGCCGAGUUGGCGACAUCAUUAUUACCAUCGCUUGUUGCACAUGUGGCAACAGGUCAGGAUGCAGUUCAGUCACCACAUCACUCCAGCAUACACUGUUCACCUCUAUAUGAGGACAACAGAAAAUCUGAAUCAAAGAAAAAAACUGAAGAAAAAAACAAUGCAAAUAUUUUUGCAAACCUCUUAAUUUUAGCAGAGUUGGCAGCAUCAUUAACACAUGUACAAAGCCCUAUUGAGCUAGUGGAACCAGAAGACAUCACAACAGAAAUGUCACCAUAUGGAAAUGAUAGUGACCUGGAAUGUGACUAUGUAAUGCUAUAUGAAGAGAUUGUGGAAACAGAAGUAGACACCUCAGCAGUCAAUCCAUUGCAAAGUGAUAGUGACAGUGAACCUGUAGAAUUUGUUAGAUCAGUGGAGGGUACACUAGUAAUAAGUAUAACACAAGAUGAUUCUGAUACGGAAUUUGAAGAGUGAGCACAUUGUUUGGAGUUUGCAGGACCAGAAGAGGAUAUACCAGCUAUGACUUCCACACAAGAUUAUGGUGGUGUAGAAUUUAAAGAGUAAUCACAAUUUUUAACAUUUGUCGUACCAGAUGAGGAUAAACUAAUUUGACUCGCCCAAAAGAUAAUGAUGAUAUGGAGUUUUAACUACUGAUUUAAUGUGUUACUGAAUGCAAGAUAUGAAUGACUGUUUAUGACUUUC